AUUUUCCCUCACUAAAGGCUUUUAUCUAGAUGCGCUCAGUUUCCGCGGAUGCAAGGAAAAGAUGGAGGAGGCGGAGGUAGGGAGCGUUUAACAGCUGAGGGAUGCGGAUUAUGGAAGGUUACGCACGAUGAACGUGCACGGAUGCUCGGGAGAUGAACGGAUUCGAGCACAGCGAUUGAGAUUUGAUUGACUGUCAGGAAUUGUUUUUGUUUUGGAUUAAAGGUAGUCAUUCGGCUACUGGUAGCCAGGUCGUUAAAUGGCCAUAUAGUUUCUUGCAGUAAUUUCAUCGACGUUGUUUUUUACCAUUGGUUUUCUUCGAAAUGAACAGUUCUAUUAGAUAACUUGUUUUUUGGCAUUGAGGCAUCAAAUGCGGUAACCUGUUUCUAUUUUUAAACUUCCCACUAAGGAGGCGAAGGUGACAGUACGGAUAACAGAGGACCUGCUCUUAAGCACACCGUUAUGUGUUGUGUUGCGAAUAAUGGCGAAUUAUGGUGACAACAGUGCAAUGAAAAACAGCUUAAAAUAACACUCGAUGCAACGGCUUUCUUACAGUUCCCGAAAUGGAUCUUACGAUGAAGAAGACACGCAUUGUGACUGGAAACCAAUGGUGAGUAGAAGCAAGCACACUAAAAACCGAAAUUCAAGAAAAUCUAUACCAUAACACCAUCGUAAAGUCGACUGCAUUCGGAAAUGGAGACGGUCUGUCCACUUUGGGUGCUGUUUCUAUGGACGAUAACGGGCCUUUCGGUGGUGACCUGCUCCGAAAUUGGCCCGCAGCGCUCGGAGUCGUUGGCUAUUCGUAUUCCCCUGCGGCAAGGCCCCCUCUCUGAAGCACAGCCUGCGGUUCGGCUGCCCGGUCCAAGGGCGACACGAAAGAGGCGAGCAGCCAGUGGCAUCAAUUUUGUGGACAUGAUAGACAACCUCCGAGGGAAAUCUGGACAGGGGUACUACGUCGAGAUGGCUGUAGGCAACCCAGCUCAAAAGUUGAAUAUCCUGGUAGAUACGGGCAGCAGUAAUUUCGCAGUCGGAGCAGCUCCUCACCCCUUCCUCCGCAGAUACUACCAUCGGUCGCUGUCCGCCUCGUACAAAGACCUCGGCCGCAACGUGUAUGUUCCCUACACGCAGGGGCGCUGGGAGGGGGAGCUGGGCACUGAUGUGGUCUCCAUACCCCAUGGGCCCAACGCCUCACUGAGGGCCAACAUCGCAGCCAUCACCCAGUCGGACCGCUUCUUCAUCAACGGCUCCAACUGGGAAGGAAUCCUGGGAUUGGCCUAUGCUGAAAUCGCACGGCCAGAUGAGACGCUGGAGCCUUUCUUUGACUCACUGGUUCGUCAGACAAACGUACCCGACCUUUUCUCCCUGCAGCUGUGUGGUGUUGGAUACACCAAGAAUUACAGCCUGGGUAGUGCCACUGUAGGGGGGAGCAUGAUCAUUGGUGGCACGGAUUCUUCUCUGUAUGCAGGAGAACUGUGGUACACUCCUAUUCGUCGGGAGUGGUAUUAUGAGGUCAUUAUUGUGCGCAUUGAGGUCAAUGGACAGGAUCUCAGCAUGGAUUGUAAAGAGUAUAACUAUGACAAGAGUAUUGUGGACAGCGGCACAACAAACCUGCGCCUCCCUCGUAAAGUUUUCCAGGCAGCAGUGAAGGCCAUUGAAGCAGCCUCCUCAACUGAGCAGUUCCCCUCAGGCUUCUGGUUGGGAGAGCAGCUGGUGUGCUGGCAGGCGGGCACUACCCCCUGGCACAUCUUCCCUGUCAUCUCCCUGUACCUGAUGAGCGAAAACCGCAACCAGUCCUUCCGCAUCUCCAUCCUGCCACAGCAGUACCUGCGACCUGUAGAGGACGUGGCCUCGGCGCAGGAGGACUGCUACAAGUUUGCCGUGUCCCAGUCCAGCACAGGUACCGUCAUGGGUGCCGUCAUCAUGGAGGGCUUCUACGUGGUGUUUGACCGCCAAAACAAGCGCAUCGGCUUCGCUGUCAGCACUUGCCAUGUGCACGAUGAGUUCCGUACGGCCUCUGUGGAGGGCCCCUUCCACGGCUUUGACCUUGAGGACUGCGGCUAUAACAUCCCACAGACGGACGAGUCUACCCUCAUGACCAUCGCCUACAUCAUGGCGGGCAUCUGUGCCCUGUUCAUGCUGCCCUUGUGCCUGAUGGUGUGCCAGUGGCGCUUUGCCCGGUGCCUGCGCCCUCUCACUGGUGGUGACUUUGCGGACGACAUUUCCCUUCUCAAGUAACCCGUGUUUAUGUUUGAUAUGGGAAAGUGUCACAUAUCACAAGGAGUAUCAAAUGUUGUGUGCCCGCGAACGGCCACACAAAUAUUAACGCAAAAUCAAAAUGUUGUGGUGUGUCACAAUAGACACAAGCACAUACACACACACACACACACAAAUGGAGGGAAUGUCUCCUCAAUUUGUUGAGUUUAAACUUGUCACACAGACAUCAAAGUGCUGAUGUCUGACAUUGCAGCUGUCAGUGAGGGAGAGUGCUUAUGUGUAGACAGUGUGUAUAACUGUUUUUGUGUGUUUGUGACUGUACAACAUGAGUGUGUGGCAUGAAAGACAACAUAUCCAGAUCAGGGGACCUUCAGAAAUAACUGAAUGAAUAGUGAAAAAAGCUGAAUAGUUUUUUUGUGAUAUGAUACCAGCCUCUUACAAAUCUCAUAUCAAGUGCUAAUGAUUUAAAUGUACCUGCUGAUGUGACCACAUAUUCAGACAACUUACAAUAUAAAGUAACAAAUGGUAUAGGAAGGGAUCCUGCUGCUGGCUUUGUAAGUUUAUGCAUCAAAGUACUGAAGUAUGUGUAUUUAACAGAAUUAAUGACACUUUUUUAAUGGUUCUUCAACAAAAUUUAAUAUUUGUCUGCUUAACAUAUCACGUUUAUUAAUGUGGGACAUUGCUUAUAUGCAAACGCAUGCAUUCAGUCACACACACUCACCAAAAAGCCGCUGUCGGAUUGUCCAUACAUAAUUGUCAAAAUAUGCAAAAACAGAAUUCACAUAACUGUCCUUUGUCAGAUGAGUUCACUGACACUAUAAGAAAAUCACCUCCUAUUGGUGAGUGAAGACACAUGGUAAUAUAGAGGGAAUUUUGGAUCAUUCCGUUGAUGGUCCUCAAAGAACAUUCCGACAUCUUGUGUGUCCCCACUGGCAUGGGCAGAACUAACACUGGAGCUGAGUUGUAGGGUGACACGAGCCUGGGAGCUAAACGUAGCGAAAUGCACCACCUCUGUUUAAAAUGCUUCCUCCACACUCAGCUUGGUUUCUACAAAGUCACUGAGGAAAGCAAACGCUUGUUAGAGGACCAAGGCAGCACAUGUCAGUGAUGGAUGUGAAAGUAUAUGUAUUGACUCUAUAUUGUCUGACUGAUGUAAAUUAUUUAAAAUAAUGGCCCAAUCAAUAAAGUAACUAUUGUACCUA